GGCCGGGGUCGCCGGGAGGGAGAUCCCGGAGCCGGCAAACAACCUCCCGGGGGCAAGGACGUGCUCGUGGGCGGGGAGCGCUGGAGGCCGGCCUGCCUCUCUUCUUGCGGGGGGCUGCCGCCCUCUGCGCACCCUUCGCGGGAUUAGUUUAACUCCCAAUGGCUGCCACCUCCAGCGACCGCCAACCCUCAAGCGAAGACUCACUUUGGCUCCCUGCCUGGACGGAGGGGCCCCUGAGCCAGAGGUGACGAUCCCGCCCCUCUGACCGGCCCAGGCCCGUGUCCUCGCCCCCAUCGGUGACUCAGUGACCUGGUGACUGGAUUCUCGGCCACCUGGGCGCCGAGACGGCUUCCGGCUCCUGCCUUUUAAACCUGCCUCCCUGGCGAGCACCUGGAGAAGAGCGCUGGGCCCCGGGGCACUGCGGUCCCUGGCGCCCACUGCGUCCCGCUGCGCACGGGGGUCCGCCGGGACCUUUCUGGGAGUCGUGGGCUUAGUAUCCCAGUGCUUGGCGCAGACUAGGUGCUCAGUAAAUGGCAGAGGCUUAUUUUGAGAGAGUGGCAGCGCCUGGCCCUUUGGCGCUCAGUGAAUGUUGGCUAUCACCGUGUGCCAAACUCUGGGGAUACCCCAGGCAGGACACCGGUCCUGGUCUCAGGGAACUGGGGAAAGAGAAAGAAGACAGGCCUUUUCACCCACAGUUACAACCCAGGGUGCUAUGGGAGUCCAGCUGAUAACGGAUAAAUCGUGGGAGUUGGCUUACAAAUAUGGCACGUGCCUGGCAUAUACUAGGAAUGCAAUAAGUCUUUGAAAAUCAGAGGGUUUGCAGGUGGUUCAGCUUCCUCCUACUCUAGGUUCUGUUCCAGCAAGCAAUUAACGAGGUGCGCCCUUAAACGCUGGAGGAAAGCCAACUGGCUGCUCUUGCUGUUACCCCUCCCCCCCUGCCCCCGUUCCUCACUCCCCACAGCCAUCCCCACUGAAAAUCUGGAGUUUGAGGUCAGAAUGAAAGAGAGCAGCCCUAGGGGGAGAAAGCUUUGGCCCAGGGUUCUUAGUCUGGAAUCAACUCCUUGUCUUUGGAUGUAUCCACGUGUAGUCUGUGCACCUGUGUGUGUAUUUCAGGGGAAGGGAGCAGUGCAUUUAAUCAGAUUGUUAAAAGAGUCUAAGACCCCAAAUGGUUAGGUACACGGGGUUAGUGGUGGACAGUCUGAAAGAAAUGAACCUCACCUGGUCUUUCCUCUGUUGUGCCAUGUCACCACACACCAAUUCACUACUGUGUGUUUGCCCAUUGCUGUGCAAGUAUUUUGUUUGUUUUAAAAUGUUUGUCUUAUUUUCUUAACCAGACUGCCAGAUGGCACUAUGCCCUCUGUUGGCCUGGCUGUGCCCUGGUGGCUCUGAUUACUUGUUUCUGUUUUUUGUUUUUUUUUUUUUUUUUUUUUUUUUGAGACGGAGUUUCGCUCUUGUAGCCCAGGCUGGAGUGCUAUGGCGCAAUCUUGGUUCACUGCAACCUCUGCCUUCCGGGUUCAAGCGAUUCUCCUGCCUCAGCCUCCCGAGUAGCUGGGAUUACAGGCGCCCGCCACCAAGCCUGGCUAAUUUUUAUAUUUUUAGUAGAGUCGGGAUUUCACCAUGUUGGCCAGGCUGGUCUCAAACUCCUGGCCUCAGGUGAUCCACCCACCUCGGCCUCCCAAAGUGCUGGGAUUACAGGUGUGUUUUUUGUUUUUUUAAGAGAUGGAGUCUCCCUAUGUUGCCCAGGCUGGCCUUGAACUCCUGGGCCCAGGCCAUCCUUCUGCCUCAGCCUUACCAGUAGCAGGGUCACUGGUGAUUUGAAUUGAAUUCUGUGGUGUGUAAGAAGACCAGCCUGCAAGGCAAGCACAGAUGGGGCAGCUUUUGUUCUGAGAAAUUCAUGCCCUUACUGAACUUGGGUCUGGCUAUUUUUGGAACAUGGCCAGCAUCCAGUUCUAACCCACGACACGGUCUUUUUGGAGUAGCAUGAACUCAGGAGAAAUCUGGCUGCAUAGUCAAGCCCUCACCCCUUCCAUUCUGUACACAAAUUGUUUCAAGUAACAGAUGUUCCAGGCAGAGCCAGCCAGAGUGAGCUGUUCCUUCUCUGGAGGGUGAUCUGGUAUGCCUGAACGCCUGUUGGCCUCAUCUCCACCAACCCCUGCAGUCUCUGCCCCUGAGUCCCCCUCCUUCCAUCCGCCUCUCCUUACUAGAGCCUCAGCCCUCCCUCCUCGCCUGGAAGCCUUGCCCCCGCCCCCUUGUGCUGGCUGGAGCUCAAGCCUCUUCCUUUGUCGCAGCUCCGCCCAGUUGAACACACCCGCUGGGGAAGGUGCCUCUGUUCCCUCCCCACGCACUCUGGGCCUGAGCUGACAGAGAUGGACCAUCGAAAAGCCAGGGUCCUCCCAACUGGGCACUACUGCCCCUCGCUAGGAAUAUGGGCCUCGCAGGUCGUCAGCGUGAGGUCCUCUGUGCCACCUUCCAUCAGCAGGAACCCAGCCAUGGUGAACGAAGCCAGAGGAAACAGCAGCCUCAACCCCUGCUUGGAGGGCAGUGCCAGCAGUGACAGUGAGAGCUCCAAAGACAGUUCGAGAUGUUCCACCCCGGGCCUGGACCCCGAGCGGCAUGAGAGACUCCGGGAGAAGAUGAGGCGGCGAUUGGAAUCUGGUGACAAGUGGUUCUCCUUGGAAUUCUUCCCUCCUCGAACUGCUGAGGGAGCUGUCAAUCUCAUCUCAAGGUUUGACCGGAUGGCGGCAGGCGGCCCCCUCUACAUAGAUGUGACCUGGCACCCAGCAGGUGACCCUGGCUCAGACAAGGAGACCUCCUCCAUGAUGAUCGCCAGCACCGCCGUGAACUACUGUGGCCUGGAGACAAUCCUGCACAUGACCUGCUGCCGUCAGCGCCUGGAGGAGAUCACGGGCCAUCUGCACAAAGCUAAGCAGCUGGGCCUGAAGAACAUCAUGGCGUUGCGGGGAGACCCCAUAGGUGACCAGUGGGAAGAGGAGGAGGGAGGCUUCAACUAUGCAGUGGACCUGGUGAAGCACAUCCGAAGUGAGUUUGGUGACUACUUUGACAUCUGUGUGGCAGGUUACCCCAAAGGCCACCCUGAAGCAGGGAGCUUUGAGGCUGACCUGAAGCACUUGAAGGAGAAGGUGUCUGCGGGAGCCGAUUUUAUCAUCACACAGCUUUUCUUUGAGGCUGACACAUUCUUCCGCUUUGUGAAGGCAUGCACCGACAUGGGCAUCACUUGCCCCAUCGUCCCUGGGAUCUUUCCCAUCCAGGGCUACCACUCCCUUCGGCAGCUUGUGAAGCUGUCCAAGCUGGAGGUGCCACAGGAGAUCAAGGACGUGAUUGAGCCAAUCAAAGACAACGAUGCAGCCAUCCGCAACUAUGGCAUCGAGCUGGCCGUGAGCCUAUGCCAGGAACUUCUGGCCAGUGGCUUGGUGCCAGGCCUCCACUUCUACACCCUCAACCGCGAGAUGGCUACCACAGAGGUGCUGAAGCGCCUGGGGAUGUGGACUGAGGACCCCAGGCGUCCCCUGCCCUGGGCUCUCAGCGCCCACCCCAAGCGCCGAGAGGAAGAUGUACGUCCCAUCUUCUGGGCCUCCAGACCAAAGAGUUACAUCUACCGUACCCAGGAGUGGGAUGAGUUCCCUAAUGGCCGCUGGGGCAAUUCCUCUUCCCCUGCCUUUGGGGAGCUGAAGGACUACUACCUCUUCUACCUGAAGAGCAAGUCCCCCAAGGAGGAGCUGCUGAAGAUGUGGGGGGAGGAGCUGACCAGUGAAGAAAGUGUCUUUGAAGUCUUUGUUCUUUACCUCUCGGGAGAGCCAAACCGGAAAGGUCACAAAGUGACUUGCCUGCCCUGGAACGAUGAGCCCCUGGCAGCUGAGACCAGCCUGCUGAAGGAGGAGCUGCUGCGGGUGAACCGCCAGGGCAUCCUCACCAUCAACUCACAGCCCAACAUCAACGGGAAGCCGUCCUCCGACCCCAUCGUGGGCUGGGGCCCCAGCGGGGGCUAUGUCUUCCAGAAGGCCUACUUAGAGUUUUUCACUUCCCGCGAGACAGCGGAAGCGCUUCUGCAAGUGCUGAAGAAGUACGAGCUCCGGGUUAAUUACCACCUUGUCAAUGUGAAGGGUGAAAACAUCACUAAUGCCCCUGAACUGCAGCCGAAUGCUGUCACUUGGGGCAUUUUCCCUGGGCGAGAGAUCAUCCAGCCCACCGUAGUGGAUCCCAUCAGCUUCAUGUUCUGGAAGGACGAGGCCUUCGCCCUGUGGAUUGAGCGGUGGGGAAAGCUGUAUGAGGAGGAGUCCCCGUCCCGCACCAUCAUCCAGUACAUCCACGACAACUACUUCCUGGUCAACCUGGUGGACAAUGACUUCCCACUGGACAACUGCCUCUGGCAGGUGGUGGAAGACACACUUGAGCUUCUCAACAGGCCCACCCAGAAUGAGAGAGAGAUGGAGGCUCCAUGACCCUGCGUCCUGACGCCCUGUGCUGGAGCCACUCCUGUCCCACCUUCCUCCUCCACAGUGCUACUUCUCUUGGGAACCCCACUCUCUUUCGUGUCUCCCCCACCCCUGGCCUCCACUCCCCCACCUGACGAUGGCAGCUAGACUGGAGUGAGGCUUCCAGGCUCUGGCUGGACCUGAGUCGGCCCCACGUGGGAACCUAGUACUCUCUGCUCUAGCCAGGAGUCUGUGCUCUUUUGGUGGGGAGCACUUCCGUCCUGCAGAGGACCACAGUGGGUGUGGCACCUCCUGAGAAGGCGAGGAGAGUGGUUGUUGCCAACUAAGCCCUCGAACCAAGGCAGCCUCCAGAGCCAGCCUGGGACUCCCAGUGAACUUACACUUGGAGCCCAUGCAGUACAGGCAAAACACUCAUGGGCACCAGGCACUGGUGGCAUCGUAGAAGAGACGUGGCAAAGUGCUGUACCCUUCCACCUCCUAGAGGUGGGCAGCUGGGCCCCACCUACUUGUGACUGAAGGGGCACACCACUGCCCUGCCUGCCCGCUUAGCCGUCCACGGCACCAGCCCCCUGGAUGGGCAUUGGGCUGACGCCUACCAUGCUGCUUUUUGGCACAGUUGUCUAUUCUGAGCCUUGAGAGAAAAAGUGCCCCUUAAGGGUUGAAGGCAGUCUGAACCCUUGUGCUUGGUGGAGCUCGUGGCCUUCCCCUUUUGCCUGGCUGUGGAGGCCUGAUGCUGCCCCAUUCCCUGUCAGAGGCCAAGAUGAGAUUCGCCAGCACAGGGGCCCCAGGUCUGCCUGGGCCUGUGCAGCAGCCCAGCUUCCUGGCGUAUUUUUCAGGUAGGCCCUUGUCCUGCCAGCUGCCCUCCUCGCCCCCUCGUCCUGUCCCAGAGGUUAUCUGCCUGGCAUGGCUCCCCAGGAGUCACCUGCAAGCCCCAUGGCCUGGGGGCAGUGACUGGCAGGUGCAGAUGGGCUGUUUUGUGUCCUGGAUCCCAGCAGGCUGGGUGGGGUGGGCCCAGAGCAGCCUGGUGGCCAAGGGGAUGGACGCAAUUGUGGGAUGUCCUCUUUAAUCCCUUCCUAGCCUCACUGGCUGGGGCAGAGGGGCAGCCACUAGGAGAGACUGAAAGAAGCAGCUAGGACUGA